UACCGUCCCCCUGCCUUGAUGUGGAUGGAGAUAACUGUCGAUGUGCGAACGUUUGAGCAUCAGACAGCUCAGGUUAGGGCCAUAGCAUCAUAGACAAAAGCCUAGUAUGCUGAAAUAGCAACGACUGAAAGUAUUUAGACAUGGCACCUAAAUCUAUGUCUGAAAAGUUUGCACACAUAGAGGAGAUUGACUUGAAAGAGUCUACUUGCAUUUGCAGGAAACAUUGUAACAACUGUAAAAUCUUCCUGGGAUUCUUCGUCUUAUCCCUUUCAUUGCAUCUAGUAACGCUUUUCUGUUAUUUGGACCUGAGAUCCGAGGUGAAACGCGAGAUUCUCCAGAAGAACAGAGAGGAGACAGUGUCGCCGGCCGCAGACGAUAUGAAUGACCGAUAUUCUCCAGUAUUCCAGCUGUUGGAUAUCAGUUACCCAACUGAUCUACAGCCACAGAAUAGAUUGCCUCUGGGGAACAGUGAAGAAAACUCUCACCUCACAGAAGACAGAGAAAAUGCCGUCCAUCGCACCAAAAGGAGCCAGCAGAAUAAACGACUUGAUUCAGAAUCACAUGGAAACAAACGGAAAGAAAGGAAAAAAGGCAAGAAAGGCCCUCCGGGUGCACCUGGCCCCCCAGGCCCUCCAGGGCCACAGGGGCCACCAGGUAUUCCUGGCAUCCCAGGUAUCCCUGGGAACAACGCCAUGGGUCCCUCAGGACCACCCGGACCGCCAGGCCCUGCUGGACCCCCAGGGCCACAGGGACCCCCUGGUCUUCAAGGACCCUCAGGGGGCAGAGUCAGAGAUAGCCAGCCUGCAGUGGUACAUCUCCAAGGCCAGGAAACAACAAUCCAGGUCAAGGAAGAUCUUUCAGAAGGCGUACUGAGAAACUGGAAAAUGAUAUCCAUGCAUCACAAGGUGUUCAAGAUGCACUCGCGGUCUGGGGAGCUAGAGGUGCUGGUAGAUGGUACCUACUUCAUCUAUAGUCAGGUAGAAGUUUAUUACCUCAACUUCACUGACAUUGCUAGCUAUGAGGUGAUGGUGGACAAGACGCCGUUCCUGCGCUGUACACGGAGCAUCGAGACUGGACAGCGCAAGUUCAACACUUGCUACACGGCUGGGGUGUGUCUGCUGCGUGCCCGGCAGAAGAUCUCCAUCAGGAUGGUGUACGAGGACACCUCCAUUAGCAUGACCAACCACACCACCUUCCUGGGGAGCAUCCGACUCGGGGAGGCCCCCCCAGCCAGCCACUCCUGAAGAAGCAGACACAGACCCACCAAACUGACUGUCAAAUCAGGACCCAACCCUCAACCAGCCCCAACCCUCAACCACCAUAUCCAUCUAUGGUUUGGGGGAGACUCCACCGACUCUACUCUGCCUCUACAACCAUCACCACCAUCUAUCACAUAUCGACCAAUGAGGAGAUGAGAAGGCCCACCUACUACUGAGUUGACAUGUACAGUACAUACAGUAUCCACCCUCAGGCUGGGCCCCGUCCUCAGGCUACUACUGAGUUGACAUGUACAGUACAUACAGUAUCCACCCUCAGGCUGGGCCCCGUCCUCAGGCUACUACUGAGCUGAUAGGUCCCACCCUACCUGAUAUUAGGGUGUAAUGGUUUAAUGAUAUUAACACACUGCCUGUUAUCUCUGAGUGGAAGAUUCUUUCCAAAGAGUGAUGAUGACUCUGAUCUUCGGUGCUGAUUAUGGACAAAUAUGCACCCAACUUGUCAAGCAUUAAGAAAGGGAGGAGUUGCUGAUUUUUCAGGAAGAAAAAUACAUUAGGCUUUACUUUUAGAAUAGUGCAUUUAUAGGGAAUAACUUGGUUUCUCUGAUCAUAACAUGCUUGAGAACCAAGGUUGACAGGAGUCAUUCAAGUCUCCACUAAAAGAACUGUCUGUCAUGGCAAAGUACAUAAAACACCUGUUAUACAUUAUUAAACAAAUGUAGAAUGCUUGUUUUUAUCUACCAAACUAAACCUAUUUGGAGAAGUGGUUGUGAUUGUUGGUGUGGUAUCAAUCCACUGAGUCAUAUAGGUCGUUAGGUAACAUGGGUACAUACUGUAAAAGCUUUUGAAUACAAUAUAGAAAUACAAUGUGUGAACGUUCUCUGAUGAAUUGAACAUGCACAGCUGAAGCACAAACAUUUCUCUGUUAGAAUGUGCACUGAUUAAAACAAAUUAUUGAUCUGUAGGCAAAUAUAUCCCUCUCCCUCUCUACCUCUCUCUUUCUCUCUCUCUGUUAAAUAACAAGGUCUUUAUGGAUGUUUCUUUUAUGUUUGAAAUGAAGUUGUUUGUCAAAUAUGGAAUCACCCAGAUUAAUACUGUAGAUUUAUUUUUCCAAAUUACUAACAUGACCUAAAAUGACAUUCUUCAUGUUACUAUGUUGACCGGUCAUGCUCCCAAGGCUUGUCAUGGACGCCAUUAUAUUUCUUUGCUUUAUUUAGUUAUGCUUUGGUUUGUUUGAAAUAACCAAUUCACUUGUCAUUCCCUUUGAGCUGAACCAGUCAUGUCCUGUUUCUGGAAGGCCAUUUGUGUUUCAGUUUUUCUCAGAAGAAUUAUGUCUUUCCAUAUACAUAGACAGCUUGAAUCUUUUGUGAAUAUCACACACAGUCAAAACAUUUUUCAGCAUAUAACUCCUUUGCAUGUUCAUGUUUAUAUGUGAGUGAACACAUUAGUCUUUAAGGAAGCAUUUAAGGGCACAGAUUAUCUGUCAACAUGCAGUUUCUGGAUGUUUAUGAAACUGCUCUGCACUGUGCAUGUAUUGUAAAUACCACAGGGUUUGGUCAAUCACCAUGCAGUCAACCUUCUGGAAAACUGGUGACAAAAGCAGAAUCCUGUCCAGUUGUUUUUAAUUAGUUUGAUAACCGUUAUGGAAGGAAAGGUAGAUAAGACCAUUACCCACUGAAGUUCAAAUGUAUUACUUUUCAGUUAUUAUAGAAAUUCUACAUCAUCCAUAAUGUCUGCAAUAAGAGAUGGUAUCAAACAUUACAACUUUCAGUUUAGAAACCUGACAAAAAGGGCAGUGAGUGUACCAUGUUCUUGUAGUAUUACUUUAGUUGUGUAGCAAUCAGAAUUAGUUUGGUUCAAUUCAGUGCUUAGAAUGGUUAAUUCUCCAAUUCAUGCUUUGUGAUUAAAUUCAAUGCCUGAGUCAAGUUGAGUCAAGAUAGAAUUGUCCCAAACUCUGGUAGCUAUAGUCCUUUUAAUUCAAACACUGUUUAGUUGAAGUGUUUCAAUACAUUGUGGUAUGUAUUGUGAUAUGAAUUAUUUGGAUUGUUUGUAGGUAAAUAGGGUAUAAUUGUUUCCCUGCUUUGUUGACUAAUAUGUACAUUUGUAUACUCUGUUGUGAUUGUAAAUAUGUAUAUAAAAUAGAAUUCUGUUUUUGUAAA